UCGUCUUAUCACUUGACUAACUCUCGCAGUUAGUUGUUAGUCACUCACCUGACUUACUACUUCUACAACUACAAUAGAGAAAGAAAGGCAGUUGCUGUUGAGCAUCAUUGCGUGCUGCAUUGUUGUGCAGUGUCUUUCCGUCUAAUCCGACCCCACUCUGGCUUAUUGGAAACCCUAAUUGAAUUCAAUACGCCCAAUUAAGUAUGCAUAAUUCAGCAAAAGUUAUAAUCUCUGCAAAUCUGAUAUAGUUGCAACAUACCCCAUUUUGUAAAUAAUAAAAGUGAUCAUCAGCCUAAAACGGGGCUUAUUGAGACAGAAGCCGGUUCAGUUAUUCAGUCUCACCGAAGAAAUCUAAUCGACCCCGACAUCAAAGGAAUUUUUACUUAUCUGACUGAAUUGCACAAGAGAAAGUGGGAAUAAAAUCGUGCUUUAGUGAACCUUCGGUGACAAUUUCCAACCCUGCUACAAAUAUCUGCCCCAAUUUACGUACAUAAAGUGGAGAGAGAACCUGUGGGCAUAAGAGAAUUCAGUAAACAACUUCACACGGCUACUUUUUGUCCUGAUUGAAAUUCAGUACAAAAACCCAAACAUUGGGAGCUCACUGGUGAAUUAUAAGUGUCCCUCUCGUCGUCGUCGUCAGAUUUUUGAUGAGACUGGGUCGUGUGACUUGUUCGUUAAGUCAACUUGUGACAGUUUCAACGAACAGAUAAACCUUUGUAUUCCAAACUCGUCGAGUUUAAAGCGCAUGUUUCACAUGUUCCUGAGAACGAGUAACAGAGAAUCCGCAAGAGCAUCAUCCAUUGCUUUGUAACCCUUCACUCUGGACAACGACCACCACUUCAAAUGGUGAAUUGAACAAACUUUGUAUUCAGCAGAGCAAAGAUUUUCACCCGCACAUCCACGCCACCACAGUUUAUUGAUUUCAGCCAUAAAAAUAUCUGGGUUGAUCUAAUGAUGCAAAACUUUGGGAAAUCAAUAACAGAAUAAAAUAGCGGAAUGAUCUGCAAAGCUUUAAGAUGAACCCGCAAAAAAGAGAGUGAACUUUGCUGCUGAGGCCAAGCCAGACAUGUAAUCAGACUUGCUACUCAUAGUCUCAGACACCGAAAUCUCACAAAACUUUGCGACAAUCAAAACAAUAAAGAAUUUGUAUCAGCGAUCUGAAAGUUGGGUCCACAAAAAAAGCUGAAUGUUGUCGUCUCAGACGCUGACAAGAAGGGCUUAUUACUCAUGAACAUUUUCCUUCAACCGACAUUGACAACUCGUGAAUAUUAAAACACAAUAAUCCAUUGAGAAGACGGUUCGAACGACCGGCCCGUCAUCUUCCUUCUCGUAUUGCAGGGCUACAUGAUUUAUAGUUGUCAAAUUCUACAACUUCAUCUCGAUCUAAAAGAUUUGAUCACAGUUGAAAGUCACCGCAGAAGAGGAUGAAAAGUCAAAUGUUCGUUCUUCCUCCUUGCAAAUGCCCAACCUGCAAAAUUGUCCUCGAGUUUGCCACACUAUGAAAAUCUGCUCCACAUUUGCUGACUUUUGCGAAUAAAGUUAAACGGUGCUUUAAAAUUUACAACGCAACAAUAAUGAAAUAGUUUAAGAAUCUAAAUAAAAAGGAUAUGCUGCAUUCAUGUCCUUCUCAUUCUCGUGAUCCGUCCAUUCAUCCGUCCACUUCACGACACACCACACAGAGCAUGUAUGCAUGUAGUUUCGUGAAUUGAGCUUAAAAACCCCUGACGGACCACUUUGUGGAUUAUUACAUUAUUUCCAUUGUUAACAUUAUUGCUCUCAACGGUCUGUUGGCUUAAAAGUUGAAUCUCGUGUUGUCCGGCAGACGAACGACAAUAAAGGAAACCAUAAAAUAAAGUAACGUGUUAAAGCUGCUGCUUCAAGACGCUUUUACAUCAAAGUCACAAGAACUUAAUAAAACGACGACACAAACAAACUUGUAUCAUUCUUUAAUGAAACCGAUGAAAUUUAAGAUCUGGAACUGGCAGUACAUCAUCAAGUGUCUACAAAAUAACUCGAGAUAUGUCACAAAAUUUGAAUAUUUCCAAAAAUUGACAAUUUAAUAUAAAUGUGACGCAUAAAAAGGAAUAAAAAACUUUGGAGAACUGCAUACUUUCUUUUCGUGUUGUACGCAUGUACUCUCCGGCAGUUUGUGGUUUUAUCCAACUUGAAUUGAAUUUUUGAGGGUGAUCGGAUCAAAAGGAAGAAAUAACUAGAAAGUCGCGAAUGAAGUAAUCAAUCAAGCGGCUGAAAGAAAUCUUUAAGAAAUCAAGCACUGUCUAAUUCACAAUAUAACAGAGUACAAUGAAGAAAAACUAAUGAAGCACAUUCCUCUCUCGUCUGAAUACUGAGCGAGCAGCAGCAGACAAAGUUCAAGGAUUCUAUUUUUAAUUAAGUACAAAAAGUUGGUGAAAAAAGUUUAAUUCAGUGAAACACAAGAGUGAACUUUUCAAAGAGAAAGGAAAUUGAAAAUGCAUGUACUCAUGAGAACUGAGGAGGAAGGACUCGGGGAAUAAAUUGGCAGUUUGCAUACAACAUGAGUAAAAUUAUUUUUACUACUUCUCCCAACCAACCAACCAAGGAUAUUUUAAGGGCGGUGAUGUGUGAUUGAAUUUCUAUCAGUAGUAAAAAUUCAUAGUAGAAAGAAAGCAAAAUGCCAUCCUGCAAAGCUAAAAAGCGCCCUGCAUCGCAAGUGGUAAAAACAAAGCCAUCAAAGUCCAAGAAAUCGGACAAAAAUAAUAAUAGUAACAGUCAACAGGAUCACAUGAUGGACACUGAAACAUUAAAAAAAUUGAAAAAUUAUGAAAAAUAUUCCCUUCGGCCCAGAUCCAUUCAAAAUCGCAUUGAAACCGAGAAACGGCAAAAACUGGAGCCAAAAAAGCAGCCCAAACCGAAACAGAAACCUCCCCCCUUGAGCAAAUAUCGAAGAAAGACGGCCAAUGCGAGGGAACGAAACCGAAUGAGAGAAAUUAACACAGCAUUUGACUGCUUACAGAAAGUAGUGCCUGCUUAUCCCAUCCUUCCGGUAAAUGCUCAAGGUAAAACCUGUGAGAAACUGACAAAAAUCACGACCUUGAGAUUAGCGAUGGAUUACAUUCAAACACUUAGCACUCUGCUCAAUGAUGAUUCCGAGGAAAUUCCUUCAUCCUCCUCCGACUUGGACCUCUCCUUCCUCACGGCCGGGCUUCUAGGAAAUGGCUCCGUCAGCAGUAGUGUGAGCAACUACAGUGAAAGCAGCAUCAGUGGUGGUGGUGGAAGUCUCAGUUCUACCGAGUUUUCUCCAGCCUCGUCCUCCUCGUCCUCGUCCUACGCCCUCUCACCACUCUCCCCCGCAGGACCGGAGUGCUUCCAGACCGUGAUGAGAUCCUCCGCCCUCUCGCCCACAGCCACCAACGUCGGAACCACUGCAAUGUGCUCCAACGCUGCCAAUUUCUCUCAACAGUUGCAAAUGUGUGCAAAUCCUCUAAACAAUUCCGUCAUGCAGCAAACUGUGCUCCUUCCGGUUGUCCCAUCAUCAAGUAUUCAUGGACCCACAAUAGCCACAAGUUCACCACCACCAGUGUUGUUGAAAGUUCAUCACGACUCCUCAUCACCUAUUCUUCCGUCCUCUCAAAAUUGUUCGUCAAUCUCAAUUUCCCCACCACUCACCUCAAAUUGUUCCUCGAAACCAGGUUUUCCUUCAGCCAUGAUGUCUUUGUCUCUGUCUGCAAAUGUCAAUGCAUUCUCUCACAAGACGUUUCAACUUCAAAGUCAUGCAAUGAAACUACCACCGAUUUCCACCUCCUUGUCUUCAGCGCUAAUUCGAAAGUCAAUGUCAACUUUUGCAGCAGACUGCGCCCAACUUACGUCAGGAUUUGGGGAUUCUCUUUCCAACUUCUACAUUACUUCGUCCUCGGGUUCAGGGAAUCGAACAGGGUCUCUCAGUUCCCUUACGGAAAGUGACUUGAGCGAGUAUGCGAGUGAUUUGCUUUCUGAUGAAGGGUCCACGUUCGACGACAUCAUUGGUGUUGGCGUAGGCACAGAUUUGGAACUGUUGCUUCAGAAUGACACUGUUGGAGAGGCUUUAAGCUUUUAGGUUCGUUUUCAAGAGUGAUGGUGUAAAAAAAGAGUGACCUUGGGUGAUAUUAUGUACUUAUACAUUUACGCUACUUACUACUGUCCCCUGUUUUAAAUUGUCUUGAUUUAUUAAUAAUAAUUACCCGUUAGCUUUAAUCAUCAUCACAACUGUGAGUCGUGCUGCAGGUUGUGUCCGUCAGAAUGGCGCACUACAUACUUUGCAAUUGUAAUUAACUAGACAAGAAGCUUUAAGCAAUUAAAAAAUAAGCAAAUUUAUCCAUCUAACUUUUUGCAGAAACCGGUGCAUUCAUCGUCAGUUUACUUGUUAACUCAGGGACCACGUUAAGUCAUCUUUUCUAUGAUACUCUCCUUUGAACAAGUUGCCUCGUUCCCGUAAUCUGAUUUAUUACCUCAUCCGAGAAGGUCUACUCGAAUUUUAGCGAACUUGAUCCAGAAUAAAUUUAGAUUAGAAGUGACAUUUUUGUAUAUGCAAAUAUUUCUUGAUGGGUCUGCUUCAUCCGAAACUUGAUUCACACUUGAGUUAAGAGAUAAUUCAAUUAAAACUUUUAAUAUUUGGUUCAACUCCUGUUUUAUAAAUUAAUUUUCUGAAUUUAUUUAUUUUUGAGAGAAAUUGUUAAAAACUUUUAAAUCAAAGCAGUAUGUUUUGUGCGGAGAACGGUUAAAAAAUUGUGGAUUCAUUUGCUCAUACUAUUGGUGUCGGUCGGUGUUGCGACUAUUUAGUAGCUGUAAAGUGAAAGAUAAGUGGAGACACAUGUAGAAUCGUGAAACUUGUAAUCACGAAACAAAGAGUGUGAUUAUAGGUUGAUUACUUGGAAGAAGGUGUAUCCCAGCAAUCCCAAAACUCAUUUCUGGGUGGAGGAACGCAUUAUCUCGCAAACUUGAUUUGAUUCAGCGUCUAUUAAGCAUUACAGAACGAGCCACUUUUUGUGCACUCUGCGGAACGUAUAACAUGUAAGCAGACCGUUGGCUUCUCUGCGUUAUGACUGAAGUGGUAGUUUAUUGUUUUCGUUUUUUAGACACUGGUUGAGUCAAAAUUUAAGCUUUAUUUGUGUAGUGCAAAUAUAUAUGUAGUGUCAAUGUUUAUUACAGUAAUUUCGCCAAUAUAUUACCGAUACUCAUUCAUACAUCUAAAUAUGUACUUAAUUUUCUCUUACUGUUAAAAAUUACUACUAUCCAGUUAUUAUUGUGAUCAAAUAUUCGUAGACCAAAUUAUUGAGUAGUUCCAGUCAGUUUCUCGCUGUAUAUUCCAUGCCAAAGACAGGAAACAUACGCCCAUGUGGAUUCGAAUUAACACAUAUCGGAUUUCAUCAUCAUCGUCCUGCUACCACUUGUGUGGCUUUUGUAUUCGUCUCAAUUAUUUAGGUAACCUACGAUAAAGCUACUCCUCAGUGCUUCCUAAGAUUAUUUAGACUUAAGGUAAAAACCAUGUAGUAAGUUAUGGAAUCAAGGGAAAACAUCAAGUGUUGCUAGUACCUUGAAGUUGAAUUCUCGUGUGCCAGUGAAACUAUUGUGCAAUAUUUUGUAUAUAAGUUGUACUAAAAAUAUGCCAAAUUCAUAAUAUGUAAUAUGCAACUCUAAUUAUUUGUUACAUAUAUUGAAAGUUGCUGUAUUAAUUAAAUAUCAUAAGCUGUUCCAUAACGGUUGUGUUCCUUGGAUGAAAUAAAAAUUUGUAACAACAUUUGCUUACAAUAAUCGAGUAAAA